GCACAGGCGGUACGGUUGCUCAGUCAGGGGCCCCCGCGUCUACCGAUCGUCGUCAAAAAAGCUACCGAGCGCGGAUGAAGAUAUCGGAGGUCCUUGAUAUCCUUAGUUCAAGGGAUUCUCUUGAUGCACAUGAUUUCGGGAAGCCCCUUGAAAAGGAUGAUGACGGACUAUUGAGCUACCAUCCCGAGAGACUUCCCUCCGCAAAGGCUGUUGAAUUAUUUACCGAGCGAAGCAGCAGCGGCGGUCUCCCGGUCAACCUUCUGAACAUCGGCUGUCUGAAAGAAAACGCUAUUCCGGUGUGCUUCUCCAAUGAUAAAGACUACGGCCUGAUGCGUACGCGCACCGAUAACGGCAAGUCAGAGAAGCAGGAAUGGCGCGACCUGGACGACUGUCUAACGUUCCAGCUCCUCGCGUCCAAAGGCGCUGCGCAUCUCCAGCACGUCGAUCGCCAUGGCGUUUACACCACUGCGCUGACGGAGCAGGGCAAGAAGCUGUGGCUGGCGUGGCCGGGUCUAUCGCUCGAGGAGCUUGAGAGCCGCCAUGUGCCCGACGGCGGGGUAGCCAUCUUGAUCGACGAGGGGGAUAUGCUGAUCCAGCCUUAG